AUGGCUCAGAAUAAUUUACAAAUUCUAAUAAAUAUGUUAAGCGAGGACAUUGGAUAUGUAUUAUAUUCCGCCCUGGGUUCGUUUUAUAUACCCAGUUGCAUUAUGGUUUUUGUUUAUAUACGAAUUUAUUUUGCUGCGAAAGCUCGAGCGAGAAGAGGCAUUAAGAAGCAUCCGCGAAAAACAAACAACGAACAGGUGACAAGUUUUACCACAAAAAAAGGUACAAUUCCUAUGCCAUCCUCUAGUGGUGUCUCAUUGCAGCUGCAUCAACAACGUCAAAUAGCUACGAUAGAAACACCACCAGCUAGUGCCGGCAUGCCAAUGCAGAUACCGACUGUUACCUGCGACUUGGCAUCUGACAUAUCAACAUCAGAAGCGGGCGAAGCUGAUCCACAUCCUUUAGUCUAUUCGAAUGGUAAUUCGGGUGUGCCAACAUCAAAUGCAGUGGGGAUGCUGUCAACAGAAACGCCCAAUUGUAAUAAGGAAACACUUAAGGUCAGUACUAUAGCAAGUGUGCGUGGUGCAUUAAAUGUACCAGUGCCGCCAUCUAUGGCAGUUGAAGCUGCAACAGCAGCAACUGGCGCUUUAACAACAAACAACAAUAACAACGGUAGUCCAGCGACAACAAUUACGUCUGGUCUGGCGCCGACAUCAGCGACGACAACGUCGCUCUCACCGAAUGAGUUACGUGUCUCACCGAUUGCAGGUCGUUGUCGUGCCCUCUCAGUGGGCAUUGAUACUGACAUGGUCAGCGAAUUCGAUCCAUCCAGUUCGGAUUCAGGUGUGGUCAGUCGCUGUGCAGUGGUUAAACCACUGAAAUUUAGACUGUGCCAACCGAUAUUCGGUCGCAAAUCAAAUCAACAACGACGCAAUGAAGCGAAAACAGCAGCCACUGUUAAAACGCUUAAACCCUCCGAAAUAACUAAAACCGAACUUGAACCCGCCAUACCGAAAGUUCAAAAGCCACGUGAUCCUGAAAAGGAGAAACGACGUAUUGCGCGUAAAAAAGAAAAGCGUGCCACACUUAUUUUAGGUCUGAUAAUGGGUAGCUUUAUAGCCUGUUGGCUUCCAUUUUUCUUCUUGUACAUAUUAAUGCCAGCCUGUACUAGUCAUUGUAAUAUACCCGAGUCGGCAUUUGCUAUUGCAUUCUGGUUGGGCUAUAUGAAUUCCGCCUUGAAUCCGGCCAUUUAUACUAUAUUCAAUAAGGACUUUCGGCGCGCUUUUCGGCGUAUACUUUUCAAGUGAUGUUUGGCUUAUGUGUGCUGUUAUCGGUGCGUUCAUGCGAGCAUUGAGAAGGCAACGGAACGUGCCAUGGGCAGCACACCCAUGGGUUACGGCAUGUAUCAUUAC